AGGGAAAGUUAUUUGGCAACCCAGAGGGAGGAGAUCUGAGAAGGCACACACACUGAUGACUGUAGACAUUGGUCAGGAUUUUAAAAUGUUGUUGAAAGGAAACCAUUAUGAUAAAUGGGUGGUUGAUAUGCUUUUUGAGGACGAGUUGACACACUCAACCGACAUCGACCGACACUUAGCGACAGAAGAAUAUAUAGAAAUUUGAACGCUAUGCGGAAACACGGAACUUCAAAAAAAUAAUUGAGUGGCAGUAACAAUUUUGGAUUAGUUUCUUAAUUAUUAGCGGGGCGGAAAUAAUAUAAAAUGGCUUCUAGAUCGGUUUUGUCAGGUUUCCCCGUUAACCCCAGUACCCCGAUAAACCCCAUGACCUCGGGUCACAGCAGCGCCAUGAGAAUGCCAGCAAUGCCGCAGAAUUCACUCUUCAGAGUGAUGGGCAGUACCCCAAACCAGUACCACCAGCCGUACCCACAGCGCUCGAGUAUGUCACCCAGCCGAGGAAUGCCAAUGGGGGGCAUGGGGUCUAUGGGUUCCCCUCUGCCCGGUCCGUCUUAUAGUGGAGCCAUGCCCAUGCGACCCGGGAUGCCUCAAGCUGCGAUGGACCCUGCACGGAAGAGACUCCUUCAGCCGCAACAGCAGCAACCGGGGGGUCUUAUGGGUCCAAGGAGGGGGGUGAAGAGGCGUAAGAUGGCUGACAAAGUUCUCCCACAAAGGAUCAGGGAUCUGGUCCCAGAGUCUCAGGCUUAUAUGGACCUUCUGGCCUUUGAGAGAAAGCUGGACCAGACCAUUGCACGCAAACGAAUGGAGAUCCAGGAGGCCAUCAAAAAACCCAUCACGCAAAAACGCAAACUGAGGAUAUAUAUUUCUAACACCUACACGCCAGCCAAGCCAGAAGGAGAGGAGGCUGAAAAGGUUGCAUCCUGGGAACUUCGAGUGGAAGGCAAACUCCUGGAGGAUCCUGGAAAACAGAAAAGAAAGUUUUCAUCCUUCUUUAAAAGCCUGGUUAUUGAACUGGACAAAGAACUUUAUGGCCCAGACAACCACUUGGUAGAGUGGCACAGAAUGCCUGCGACUCAGGAGACAGAUGGAUUUCAGGUGAAGAGACCAGGGGAUGUGAAUGUGAAAUGUACUCUCCUUCUCAUGCUAGACCACCAGGUUCGGCCAUUCCUAAGUUUGGAGCCCUUUGCAGACAGCACGCCAAAUAUGCAUUACCAUACUUCAGCUAAUUAUAUCCUCCGCAGUAUAAGCUGGAUCCACGCCUGGCACGACUGUUGGGCGUGCACACUCAGACCAGAGCCAGUAUCAUGCAGGCCUUGUGGCUUUACAUCAAAAACAACAAGCUGCAAGACUGCCAUGAGAAAGAGUACAUUAACUGCAACCGAUACUUCAGACAGAGGCAACAAAGGGAAGGGUGGUUAUACUCGGUGGUUAUACUGCGUCAUGAAACUGAACCGAACUGCUGUAAUCCUGCAGAUUUUUGGCUGCCACAGGAUGAGAUUUUCGGAUAUCCCUAUGAAACUUGCCAGCCUCCUUCAGCACCCUGAACCCAUCAUCAUCAAUCAUAUCAUCAGUGUGGAUCCCAAUGAUCAGAAGAAGACUGCAUGCUUUGAUAUCGAUGUUGAGGUGGACGACCCUCUGAAGGCUCAGAUGACCAGCUUCCUGUCGUCCACAACUAAUCAGCAGGAGAUCAGUGCCCUGGAGAUGAAGAUCCAUGAGACCAUUGAAUCCAUCAACCAGUUGAAAACCCAAAGAGACUUCAUGCUCAGCUUCAGCAACAACCCACAGGAUUUCAUCCAGGACUGGCUCAAGUCUCAGAGCAGAGACCUCAAAUUAAUGACAGACAUUGUGGGAAAUCCAGAGGUGGAGAGAAGAACCGAGUUUUACCACUCACCCUGGGUCAAAGAAGCUAUUGGACGCUAUGUAUUUUCAAAGGUCCAGCAGAGGAGACAGGAAUUGGAGCAGGUACUGGGAAUCCGACUCACUUAAGAGGACUUAAGAUCUCAAAUCCGCAGUCAGCCGAGGAAUUGGCUCAACAAAUACAGAUGCGAAUGAAGCUUUCUGUUUGAAAACCAGUGGAGGAACUUCAUGUAGAAGUUUGAGUGCUGGCAUUGUUUAGUAUGUUGCUUGUCAGUUUUAGCACUUGUACUAUUACACAUAUCUGGCCAUAUACAUUUCAAAUGGUUUUACAGUAACCGGAACUUCAGUACAUACUAUGUAUUUUUCUCUUUGCAUUCAUUUUCUGAUCUUUUCUGAUAUAUUAUAAAAUGAGGCAUCAUUUUAUAUCACACUCAUCUUUGCUGUUAUUACAUAUUUUGUAUAUUUUACAGUAAGAUAUACAGUACUGUAGCUUGUUGGCUAAAACCCGUAUAGGUAGCUAAUGCAACACAACUCUUUGUUCAUAAAUGUUGUGUUUAUAGUAGUAAUUGCCAAACUCAAUUAACAUUUGCCAUUUAGUUUUUGAAGGUUUCCAAUUCUGACUGCAAAGGGUAUUUUUUACAAUUCAAUUGCACAGUUUUUGAGUUUAGAUGCAGUUACUUUUAAAUAAGUAUACUAGUAAUGAAAUGCUGUUUUUCUUCAAUUUUCAAUAUUGUGGAGUGUUCCAUUUGGUCUCUCAGGAAAAUAUGUGCUGCACUGCAUUCAAGAGCCAUGUUUUUGUAUUUCCACCCCAGCGGGAAAUCCAGCACAUUUGGUUGUCCAGAUGUUUUAGUUCAUUGUACCAGACUUUCUGUCUUCAUCUUGUUGGUGUGUUUACAGAUUUUUUUUUUUUUUGCGUUGAAAGUCCACUGAAGUUGCAGAGGCCAUACAGCAGUGACCAAAUUUGUGCCAUUUAGUGCAUGUGAACCAUCAGCAUAUUCUUAUUUCUUUCAAGUAUUCAAGCCAUAAUUUAACUUUGCUAGUAAGUAGUUCAGUUCAGUUCAGUGUAUACUUCUACAUUCCAUACAGCUAAUGGAAAGUUUCUCUUUAAGUUGGAUUGAAUAUGUGUAUUCAUAUUGGUGGAGUCAUUUGUGUUUUAAAGUAUCAUUAAUGACAGCAAAUUAAAUUUUCCUUUAAGUAAUAUAGCAGGUUUAAGCUGAUUACCACAGAAAAUACUUUCAGUUCAUAAAGCGGUCAAAAACAAAAUGUGUUGAUAUUUAUGUUUUUAAAAUGAAAUUCUAACUUUUAAAUGCAUUUCUAAGGAACGGGUUGAAACAAUUCUGUGUUAAUUGACAGCAUGUCACAGGUGUCGUCCGUAGAGCUGAUCUGAAAGGCAACACACUCUUGUUCCUUUGAUUUUUGUAUAAAUGCAUUCUUACAACUUUAGUUCUGUUUUAUAUUUUUGUAUCAAUCAAAUGCUUACCUUUUGUACUGGGAAAUCAAAGUAUUUUAAUAAAGUUUCCAUAAAGGGGAA